AUGUACUAUGACAACCCCGCCUCCCGCUCGCCGGGCGCGCAUCGUCACCAACAACCCACCCUGCACCGCCAGCCGUCGCGUCAGUUUGACGCCUACGGUCAGCUCGCCAACCCCGGCAUGUACGCUGCUGCCGAGGACCGCUAUGACGCCCCGCGGGGCUACAACGACCGCCUGAAUGCGACCAUCCACGCGGGCUAUGGUGGCUACGAGCUGGGAGGCAACCAGGCGUGGAACGCGGGCGCUUUCGGCCAGAACAACAGUCUCGCCGCCAUAAACGCGACGACCAGGAUGAAGCCCCAAGCGCGCCCGGGAAGAAGCGCUCUGCCGGCGACCUGGCUUGACCAGUCGCAGCCGCUGCCGUCCCUCAACACUUUUUCUGGUCUCGGCGGAAACUCGUCGCUCGGCCUUGGGCAGCCGCCCGUGCGGCAGGACGCCUACUCCGAGACGGACGAAGAGCUGAUCCCCACGGCCAUCGUCAUCAAAAACAUUCCGUUUGCGGUCAAGAAGGAGCAGCUUGUGCAGCUGAUGACCGAUCUGCGCCUGCCCCUGCCCUACGCCUUCAACUACCACUUUGACAAUGGCGUCUUCCGCGGCUUGGCGUUUGCAAACUUCACCACGGCUGACGAGACGGCGGCCGUCAUUGAGACAAUGAACCACUUUGAGCUUCAGGGGAGGAAGCUGCGCGUCGAGUACAAGAAAAUGCUGCCCCUGGCCGAAAGAGAGCGGAUUGAGCGGGAAAAGCGCGAGCGCAGGGGUCAACUCGAGGAGCAGCACCGCCCCAUGGGCAACUCUUCGCUGCACAACCAGCCGUCGCUGUCGUCCAUGUCCUCGCAUAUUCCGCCGGCCACUUCCCCAUCGCCCGUCAACGGGAGGAAGCCAGGCAGCGCUUAUUUCGACCUCUCGGUCGCGCAGACCAAUGGCGGUGUGGAAAUUGAUAUGAACGACCCUCAGGUUCUGCAGUUCUACUCGCAGCUGCUUUUGUUCAAGGAGGAUCCAGGCAGGGACACCAUGGCAUUCCCCUCUACGCUGUCGCCCGCUCAGCGUCGCGUCUGCCACACCAUCGCCCACCAGAUGGGCCUCUCCCACAACUCCAAGGGACUUGGCGAGCAGCGCCAGGUGCACGUGUACAAGUACCCGGACCCCAACACGAGCCCUCCUAUGGCACAAAUGGCCCCUACCAGCCACCCUCUGGAAGCUCAGCGCCGGGGCCUGAACCGCGCCGCGACGACCGACUUCAGCGACGUCCGGGACAGCUUCUACAACAGCACCCUUGGUCGCCAGUCGUCCGGCCUCCUCGGCUUCCCUGACUCCCCCAGCGGCCUCAGCGCCGCGCCCAACCUCAGAGCGGCAAAGUCCUACGCCGACCUGCGCUCUUAUACGCCCUCUCCUGUUCCCUCGACCGCUAGCUUCCCGGCAACCCUCGGCGGCGGUCUGGGCAACAACAACAAUAACAACAACAACAACAACAACCGGUAUCAGGAGUACGGCCACAAUUCGACGUCCAACCCGAGCCUCACCCCCACCGCAACCUCGAUGGCUUCCAGGGAUGAGUCGCUCCUCGUCAACGGCCUGAACGGCAUGAGCUUGGGUGGUGGUUUCGGUCAGAGCGGUAGCCCCCGCGGUCUUCGCGGUAUGACAUCCUGGGACCGCGAGAACAACCCCGGUCCGAUUGGUGGUCACAGGUCGUUCAGCACCAACUACGACGGCAGCGAGGCGAGCCGCGAGCGCGCCGGCCAGGGCCUGCCUUCGCGCCAGCCGCGCGGCCCGAUCCCCGACCGCGGCUCGGGCUUCUCGCGCGGCAGGCAGAACGGCCACCACGGCCGCGGCAGCGACGAGCUCUCGUCGACAUCAGGCGUCGAGAUAGUGGUGGAGUAG